AUGGCAAUUGAGGAUUGGUUUCCAUAUUGGAGUAAUAUGGAGAUUGUGGAUUUGAUUCUUAUUACUUUCAUAGUUGAAGAAGGUAAUAAACAGAUAGGGCAGACAUAUCCUAUUUCCACAUCAAAUAAAGCAAAUAUCACCUCUGUUAACAUAAUGAGAAUUGGUAAAGGUGGGAUGCAACAAAAUGCUAUUGUACAAUCUAGAAAACUAUUGAAGGUCGUACCAUCAAAACCUUAUUUGUUAAAAUUAAUGCCUAGAUGUACACAUUGCAAAGCAAAGCGAUUCCCACAUGAGACAACUGGCUUUUGUUGUGGUAAUGGAAAGAUUUCUUUAACCACAAAUGAUGUACCUAAACAACUUCUUGAUUUGUUUACCAGGAACACAAAUCAAUCCAUACAUUUUAGGACAUACAUUCGCACUUACAACAACAAGUUCGCAUUUACCUCAUUCGGAGUAAAUUUUGAUAAAGAUCUCUGUCGAAGGAAUAAAGGGAUUUAUACUUUCAGAACUCAGGGACAGAUAUAUCAUUACAUCAAUGAUUUGCUACCCUCGAAUGGUCGUCCUUCUUAUUUGCAGUUGUACUUCUAUGAUACAGAUAAUGAACUACAAAAUCAAAUUUUAGAUUCAGAUAGAAUGGUUCCAUCAAUUGUCGCUCAACUAAUUGAUAUUCUUCAAAUUAAUCCAUAUUCAAUUUUUUUCCGUUCGUUGGGUGAUUUAGAAGAUUUGGAAAACCAAACAAUUCUUAUAAGGACAGAUCCAGGACUCGAUCAACGGGUUUUCAAUGCACCGACAUCGUCACAAGUUGCAGCAAUAUUGGUUGAAAAUAAUGAAGGAGAACAACUAAAACCUCGUGACAUUUUUGUCCAUAACCAUUUAGGUGGAAACCAUAAAGUUCAAUACUAUUUUGGUUGUUAUGAUCCACUACAAUAUCCGCUAUUAUUCCCUUUCGGAGAUAUUGGAUGGCAUCAAGGAAUUAAAAGGGUUAAUCGAGGAGACAAAUCUAUAUAUAACGAAACAAAUCAUUCAAUACUACCUCAACAAUCGAUAAAUGCUGACGAAUUGAUAGUAAGGGAAGAACAAGGAUUAAACAAUGUAGACAAGGGUCCGAUAAUUGAGACGUCAAGAUUGGAUUAUUUUAGAAGCAACCAAAAUCAUUUUCGCACAGAGAUAUAUCAAGGUAUUGUUGAUACCAUUACUCUUGGAGAAAGGAAUGCAUCUAAUGUUGGGAAGCGAAUGAUCUUGCCCUCUUCAUUUAUUGGUGGUCCAAGAGACAUGCGAAAAAGAUAUAUGGAAGCAAUGACUUUAGUACAACGUUAUGGAAAACCAGAUAUUUUCUUAACAAUGACUUGCAAUCCAAAUUGGCCGGAAAUUUCAAACGAACUACUCCAACAUGAAGAACCUCAAAAUAGACCUGAUUUGGUUGCCCGAGUUUUGCAUUCGAAAUUAGAACAACUGAAAGACGAAUUGUUUAAGAAGAAGAUAUUUGGUCAAGUCUCAGCGUAUGUCUAUGUCAUAGAACACCAAAAAAGAGGUCUUCCACAUGCACACUUUUUAAUUAUCUUGCAAAGGGAUUGGAAAUUAUAUACACCGGAAUCUUUCGAUGAAAUUGUUUCAGCAGAAAUACCAUAUCAAAAUACAAACAUACAUUUACAUAAUGCGGUAGUGAAGCAUAUGAUGCAUGGACCCUGUGGAGUCUUAAACCCAUCCAAUGUUUGCAUGAAAAGAAAUGGUUGUUGCAAAAGUAAUUAUCCAAAGAAAUAUGCACCAAAUACAAACGUAGGAAGUGAUUGUUUCCCCAUUUAUAAGCGUUCAGAUAAUGGGGUAAACGUGAAAGUAAGAGGAAAGAAUUUAGACAAUCGUUGGGUUGUUCCAUAUAAUCCAUAUCUACUUGCAACAUUUGAUUGUCAUAUUAAUGUUGAGAUUUGCUCAACAAUAAAAGCCGUCAAAUAUCUUUACAAGUACACUUACAAAGGCCAUGAUCGUGUUGCUUUCAACUUGAUUUCUGAAGAAAAUAAUCAUCAAGUUGAUGAAAUCCAACAAUUUCAAUCAGCUCGAUGGAUCGCUCCCCCAGAAGCUAUGUGGAGAAUAUAUGGGCUUGUUAUUAAUGAAAUGUACCCAACAGUGUAUAGCUUACAUUUACAUCUUGAAGAUCAACAGUCAAUCACUUUCCAGGCAAAAGACGAUCUAACCAACAUUGUAAAUUCAGAUCAAUCUCGAAAAACUAUGUUAACAGAAUUCUUUGCCAUGAAUCAAAUAGAUGCCAAUGCAAGAAGACUACUAUACAAAGAAUUUCCAGAAAAUUAUGUAUGGAACCAUCAACACAAACAAUGGACCCCUCGAAAAAAGAAAACAGUUAUAGGUCGUAUUGUUACAGCAAAUCCACUUGAAGGCGAGAGAUAUUAUCUACGACUACUAUUAACUCAUUUAAAAGGACCAAUAUCCUUCCAAGAUAUUAGGUCUAUUGAUGGAAUUGUAGUCCCAACAUUUCGCGAUGCAGCAACACUGCAUGGUUUACUACAAAGAGACAACAACUUAGAAGAAUGUUUACAAGAAGCAUCGUUAUUCCAAAUGCCAGCCAGUUUGAGACGGUUAUUUGCAACCAUAUUGGUUUAUUGUAAUCCAACCAAUCCAAGAUACCUUUGGGAGCGUUUUGAAAAUGAAAUGUCAGUUGAUUUCAAACCAGCAGACUAUCCUACUUCAAAUGUAAGAAUCCAGGUAUUGAGAUCAAUUGCUUUAGCAAUUGACUCAUUGGGGAAAGACAUCAACUCUUACAAUCUCACAAACAAUGACAUCUCAUUUGAUGACAAAGAAAUUCAAUCCAGAGAAAUUAAUGAUGAAAUGGGUGUUGAAGUUCCAGAGGAAGAUAUUACGGCCUCAAAAUGUCUAAACAGUGAACAACAACAUGUAUAUGAUGCAGUCCUAGAAAAAGUACUCGAGAAUAAAAGCGGGGUUGCUGCAUCUAUUCUUCCUGGAGGGCGAACAGCACACUCACGUUUUAAACUCCCACUUGGUACUAGCGAAAUGAACACAUGUUCUGUCAGCAAACAAAGUGGUCUUGCAAGCCUACUUCGUACAACCCGAUUAAUAAUAUGGGAUGAAGCUCCAAUGACACGAAAACAACAUAUAGAAGCAUUGGACAAAAUGUUACGUGACAUCACUGAUGUAGAUGUAACAUUCGGUGGAAAAGUAGUCAUUUUGGGUGGAGAUUUUAGACAGGUUUUACCCGUGGUUCGUAAAGGAACGAGAGAAGAACAAGUUCGUUCCAGUUUGGUUUAUUCAUAUUUGUGGCCUUCCUUGACCAAGUUCCACUUAAUUGAAAACAUGCGAGCACGAUUGGAUCCUGCAUUCUCAGAUUAUGUUUUAAAAGUUGGCAAUGGAAUGCCACCAAACACAGUCAAUGAAAUGAUAAAAAUACCAACUUGCAUGCUUAUUCCUUAUGUUGAUGAUAAGUUUUCUUUAGAUCGUUUGAUUGAAGAUGUUUUCCACAACAUUCACAAUUUUUCACAAAAUAUUUCCAGUAUGAUGAAACGAGCCAUACUAACACCAAAAAAUGAUUUUGUUGAUGAAAUAAACACUUUGUUAAUUCAUAGAUUCCCUGGUGAAGAACAACGAUAUUAUAGUUUUGAUGAAACAACAGAUUCAUCUGAACAAUCAGUGAUGGAAGAUUUCUUAAAUAAUCUAACCCCAAAUGGACUCCCUCCACAUGAAUUGUUACUUAAGAAAAAUUUCCCAAUCAUGCUUCUCAGAAACAUUAAUCCUUCAGAAGGCCUAUGCAAUGGAACACGCUUAAUUUGUCGAGCUUUUGAUAAAAAUAUCAUAGAUGCAGAAAUUGCAGUGGGACAUUACAAUGGGAAAAGAGUGGAUAUUGAAGUAAUACAUUGUGAUUUUUUCUUUAAAGCUUUGAUGGAACGUUUAAAAGAUCUAUUAGCAGUUGUAAUAAAAAUUAGCCCAGCUAAAGAUGUAACGACAAUGCAUGGAAUAAAAACAAUCCAAGAAAUUUAUCUCAUUGAUAAGAGUUUCAAUCCAAUUUGUUUAACCAUGUGGGGUCAAUUUGUCAAAUAUGAUGCCCAAAAAAUAUCUGAAAUUGUCGAUGAAAAACCAAUCAUAUUAGCAACAAACAUAUCUGUCAAAUCAUACAGAGGUUUAACUUUGUCAACAACUUCAUCAAAUAACUUUACCAUAAAUCCUGCACUUCCACAAGCAACAACAAUGCGAAAAUGUGCCAGGGCAUAUGCGAAAAUCAAUGAGAACACUGGAAGUAUAUCUGUAAUUAUGUUCGGCCAUGUAGCAGAAGAGAUGUUGGGUUGCUCUGCAGUACAAUUAAUGGAACAUUCUGAAGAGAGCUGGACAAUACAAAUUUAUGCUGAUCCAGAAAAGUUAAAGCAACAACAAUAUAAGAAUUUUAAUGUCUACUCUAUUCAAGAAUUGCAACUAGAGGAAGUAGUUGAAUCUUCGUCUUAG